UCGCCUCCCGGACAGUCGGGGAGGCGUCCCCACGUAACGGAAACAGACGCGCGCACGAAGAGCGGGAGGUUUGCCAUCAGUAUGCCGCGCGCCGGCGCAAUGUUCCUCGCGCUAGCAGCUGCACUGCUUGCGGUGCACUCCGCAGAUGCUUCCUACAUUGAUCCUGGAGACGACGAUGUCGAUCUAGAUUGGGCAGAAUACGUUGACCCGAACGAAUUGCAAAACUUACGAGAUGUUGGGAAACGAUCGUCGCUGAUCUACGUUUUCAGGCGCGCCUGCAUCCCGCGCGGCGGUAACUGCGAUCACCGUCCCGGUGACUGUUGCCACUCCUCUUCCUGCCGCUGCAACCUGUGGGGCUCCAACUGCCGCUGCCAGCGCAUGGGCCUCUUCCAAAAGUGGGGCUGAGCCCCGUCACGCGCCCCCGCAGCCCCAUCUGACGCCCCGACCACCGCACUACAUCGGACCUCUUGCUUUCAACUUCAUUUAUAUCUAUUUCUAUCCCUCACCUACCUUCACAUCUUAGAUUUGAUCGCCAUUCAAAACAGGGACCUAGAUAUUUUAGUUUGAAAAUAUUUUUGGACCUAUUAUACAAAAUUUAGAAUUGCAUUAUAUGUUCCGUUUGCAGUUACUAUUGGGUUAUCUUUUGUUUAAUUCUUUCGUCUGAAUGUGACGAGCGUCCGCUUACGUGGUUGGGCAAUCACCCAGCCUUAUUGCCCAAUCAGUACGCCCUGACGUCAUGCUCGGCCAUUCAGACCUUGCCGACUGUCCACAGCAUCGGGUUCUGGGUGCUUGUAUUUUUGUUUCCUUUUUUAUUUAGGCUCAGAACCCCAAGCUCUGGCAGCGUUUAACUUCUUAAAAUGUAUGUAUGUAGAGUAUAAGCUAAACGUAGAAAGUAGCGCUAAUAUUGAUGGUAAACUUAUGUCAAUAGGAAAGUAGCUGUCAUUACAAAAUAAUAAAAAAAAUUAUCGUAAUAAAUGUUCUAGUUAUGUAAGAGACUAACGAUAAUAGAAAACUUGGUGGAAGAUUCAACAGAAAGCCUUUGGAAAGAACAGCGCCAUUUGUAUUUGCGAUUGGCAACUUAGAUUUUAACUUAUAUAUGUGUCAACAAACAAGUAAUUCAUUAUAUCUAGAAGGAAUCUUAAUGUAUUACGCUCUCGCACAGGGGGUAUAAGGUAUUGCAGCCUAGUAGACUUUCUGUACGUAGCUUCUUAUAUUGUACGUUCCUG